AAGGAAGCAUUUAUUUUAGUAUAGCUGCUGCACAUCCGAAUGAAUUCUCUCUUGGUUUUUGCCCAAUGGAAAGCUGUAAACACCAUUCAAGUCGCUUUCAGUUUGUCUUCACGGCUUACAUCAUGCACUAAUAAUAAUAAUAAUAAAACAAGGGUUCUGAAGGUCCUCCGUUUUAUAAAGAUGCACUGGCCUUGACCAAUGUUUUUUUAUUUUCUAUAAAUCAUGUAGGUAUCACGGAACCCCUUUGUUUAGUGAAAGAUCUUUUCCAGUAAAGGAACUAAAUCUCAAAUGGGUUAUUUUUUCUUUCAAAAGUGGUGUAUUUUGUGGAUUAAAGAGAGAUUCUUCAAUGGGUUCAUUUUAGUCAAAAAGAUGCUGCUGCUGCCCGCGUUCACAAGAUAUAUAAAAUCAAUACGAACUUGAUAAGUUGGUGUUGCUGCUGGGUCACCGGUCUUCAAAUUUAUAUGCCUUCGAAUAUUUGCCGCCACCAUAUAUACGGUUAUUUUGUUUAGUGAAAGAGCUAUUUCAAUAAACAAAGAAGAAGAAAGUGUAAGUCUUAAUCUGGUUGUAUUUUCCUCCAAAUUAACUGGCUCAUUCUCAUUCCGUUUAAACAUCACCUCAGACUCAGUUGGCUUAUUCUAACAGUUCCCAAGUCUUCAAUCCUAUUUGAUUGCAGCUUCAAGCUUCUCAUCUGCAAAUAACUCGGUUUCAAGUGAACUAACGAUCAUGGAGGGCUUUCUGCUUGGUUUCUUCAUAACCUUUGGCUUUCUGAAUUCUGUACUCGAUGCCCAACAACAGUAUGCAGGAAACCAAGUUCUUGACUGCAACAACACAGACGAAGGAGGCCCAUCUCCAGCCUUCCUUUACUCCUGUACUGGCAAAAGCCCGUCUUGCAGAGCUUUUCUCAUCUUCAGGUCUCAGUUUCCUUACAACUCAGUCGCUACCAUUUCAAACCUUACUUCUUCAGACCCGCUAGAGCUUGCCCGCAUCAACGAUGUUUCAAUCUCUGAGCUCUUUCCUCCUCAAAAAGAGGUAAUCGUUCCUGUAAAUUGUUCUUGUGCAGGCUGGUACUAUCAGGCCAACACGACUUAUGUUACCUCGACUGUUCAUGAGACCUAUUUCAUCAUUGCGAACCAGACAUUCCAGGGUCUAUCUACUUGCGACAUACUCAUGCGCGAGAACGUUUAUGGGAAGUUGGAUUUGGGUUAUCGUGGUCUGAAGUUGCAGGUACCGCUUAGAUGUGCCUGUCCCUCCAGAAACCAGGUUGCUAGUGGCGCAAAGUUUAUACUUACUUACUUGGUUACAUGGAACGACAGGAUUCCUGAAGUUAGCAAGAGGUUUAGUGUAAGUGCUAGAAGUGUUGUUGAUGCCAAUGGAUUCUCUGAAGAAGAUCCAGUUCUCUACCCUUUCACUACUAUUCUAAUUCCGAUCCCAGCUGAACCUUCGAGCUCUCAGAGCCGAGGUAAGCCGAGGAACAGAAAGUCAAAGAAAGGACUGUAUAUUGGUGCUGGAACUGGUGUUGCUGCUGCGCUUCUCUGCUUUGUUUUGUUUUUGGGCUUCAUGCGUCGUAAGGGAAACGGCGUACGUGUGGUGUCUUGGAAGGUUGAGGAGGAGAAAAAGAAACUUCAGCUGUCAAGAGAUCUGCUCCUUGGUAUAACCAAAGUCGAUCGAGCUUUGAAACUCCACGAAUUCAAAGACUUAGAGGCCGCCACUGGCAAUUUUGCCCCACAAAACAGGCUGAGCAACUCUGUUUAUUGGGGAGUCCUUUGCGGGGAAGUGUUAGCCAUUAAGAAGAUGAACACAGAUGCAUCUGGCGAGCUGCAAAUUCUCAACAGGAUCAACCACUCCAAUUUGAUAAGCCUUUAUGGUGCGUGCCAAAAUAAUGGGGUCUUCUACCUUAUUUAUGAAUUCAUGGAGAACGGUUCUUUAAAGGAUUGGCUCCACAAAGAGUGUUGCCAAGAGCUUCAGAGUUGUAGCCGCAGAAUUCAAAUUGCUUUGGAUGUCGCUAACGGGCUUCUCUAUCUUCAUAACUUCACACAGCCUGCAUACAUACACAAGGAUAUUAAUAGUAGCAAUAUCCUACUAAACAGAGAUCUAAGGGCCAAGAUUGCAAACUUCAGCCUUGCAAAAUCGGCAGAACAAGGAGAAAAUCAACAGUCGUCAGCAAGGUGUGCUCUCAACAGAAAAGGCUACGUGGCACCAGAAUACUCAGAAGCGGGACUAGUGACACCCAUGAUGGAUGUCUAUGCAUUUGGGGUUGUUCUGUUGGAGCUGAUUACAGGAAAGGAUGCGGUUUCCGAGCAGGAUGGAGAAGAAUCGCUACUCUCAGAUGCAGUACUGUCGAUCGCACAUGGAGGAAAUGCAGUGUUCGGGAAUCUAAUAGACCCUCGCCUACAAGUAAAACACCCACUUGGUUACACCAUAGAUCGAUCAGAACUUGCAGUAAGCGUGAUCAAGUUGAGUAUAGCCUGCUUGGCACAAGAACCAGAAAGCAGAUUAAACAUGGCUGAAGUAUUCCGAACUCUAACCAGGAUUCAGUUGGAGGAUGCAGAAAACUUUACUGUUUCUUAGCGAUAUGUCAAUGUUACAAAGGUGUACUUAAGCUUUUCUCUCUCUUUCAUUCAUUUUUAUUUUUAUUUUUUGAUGCUGUGCAUUUUACUUAAAAUAAUGUGUGUUAAUAAACAUCAGAAUCAAAGUAGGCUGAAGAUGUACAAGCUUGUUCUGGAUUUUUGUUGCUUAUGCCAAUGUGAGAAUAGAACUCGU